CCGCAGCCCUGUGAGACGCUGGGUGCUCUGGCCAUGGGCUCUGCCGCCAGGCCUCGGCGCUUUGUCCCCGGCCCGCCCGGGGAUACUACCGCGCUAGAGUUGGACUCCAAGGUUUGCCUGCCGGGGAAGCGCUGGCGGCCGCCGUUGGGCCGCCUGGCGCGGAGCCCCAGGCUGCAGGCGCCGCGUGUGCGGGCGGGAAGUUCCCACAGUUGCAAAGAGGGAGCGAAGUAUGUGUUCCAAACUUUCCACGGUUCCAAACUGAGCGCUUCCAUUAAGAGAAGCGGUGUGCAGGGGAAAAGCAUUCUGGGUAUUAGCAUGCAAAUGAACGGGCCCGGCUUCCAACUCCGCUCGGAAUUCCCACCGCUGCGCGCGGAGCUCGCGCCCAGCCACGCGCGCCCUGGGGCUUCCGGGCGUUGCCCUGGCGGAUGAUCCGAGUUCAAAAUCGAGACCUCUUCGUUCUGGUUUUGUGUCCUGGUGCUUAGUCACUUGGCCUCCCUGAGAUUCAUUUAAUCUGUUUCUUAAUCUGUACACAGGGACAACAGCACCUGUCUUACACACCUAUGCUCUAGGGCAUAGUAUAUGCCAAACGCCUGUUGGAGAUGAUAAGUGAGCCUCAGAGACUACGUUCCCUGAACCUGAAGCCAGGAGAUCUGUGUUCUAAGCCCAAAGUCACUGUCACCUUGGGCUAGUGCCUCCCUCUCUGAGCCACAGCUUUCUUGGGCAGAUUUUGGGAACUGGCACAUUUUAUUUUCGAGAGAGCUGCUGGGAACAUCCACAACGAAAGAGAAAUGGGUUUGAUGAUUGAGUGUCCAGUGUAUACGUAUACACAUCGUCUCUCCCUGAUAGGUAUAGAUAUUCCCAUUCUACCACUGGAACUGGGGAAGGUGAGCGACCUGCCCAAGGCCACACAGAUAGUGAUGGAGCCAGGAUUCAAACUGGUUAACUGCCUCUUCUCACCAGUUGGCUUCUGAAACCUGUCACCCGUCCAUGGCUCCACUUGAACCAGGAACUCGCUCUCUACCUGCCAUGCUUAGAAAACAGGGUGCUGGCUGGGCGCGGUGGCUCACGCCUAUAAUCCCAGCACUUUGGGAUGCCAAGGCGGGUGGAUCACGAGGUCAAGAGAUCAAGACCAUCUGAUCAACAUGGUGAAACACCAUCUCUACUAAAAAUACAAAAAUUAGCUGGGCAUGGUGGCGCGCGUCUGUAGUCCCAGCUACUCGGGAGGCUGAGGCAGGAGAAUUGCUUGAACCCAGGAGGCGGAGGUUGCGGUGAGCCGAGAUAGCGCCAUUGCGCUACAGCCUGGGUAACGAGAGAAACUCCGUCUCAAAAAAAAAAGAAAAGAAACUGAUCCCAUUUCAGCAGCUUCACUCUGUGAAGAUGGAUUAAUAGUGAGCUCUCAGGACCCUCAUCCAUGGUGCCCUGAGGAAGACAGAACAUGCAUCAGCCCUAUUUUGCAGAUAGAAAGCCUGAGGCUCAAGGAGCCAGAGUGACCCAGGAUCCCACCUUGGGGAAGUGGCCAGAAACAGUCCAGAUGCCGUUCUGACCCCACCUGGGAGCUAUUUUCCACAUGUCGCCUUGGCAGUGUUAUUGUGGGGAUGGGAAUAACCUCUCCACUUCAUCCAUUACGCCCUGUAUUGCCCAUCUCUCAGGCUUCCAGGAAUUCCAUUAUGUUACCUCAGGCUUCAAAGCAUGCUUGCAGAAUAUGGUUUUUGUUCUUUGAGGUAACAUUCAUAUGACAUAAAAGUAACAAUUUUAAAGUGUGUAAUUCACUAGGACUUAGUACAUUUACAAUGUUCUGCAACCAUUAACUCUGUCUAGUUGCAAAACAAUUUUAUCAUCCCAAAAGAAAACCCCAUACAAGUUAAGAAGUCACUUUUUUUUCAUUCCCUUCUCCCUCCAUCCCAUGGCAACCACCGAUCUGCAUUCUGCCUCUAUGGAUUUACCUAUUCUGGAUUAUUUAUUUAUUUAUUUAUUUAUUGAGAUGAAGUCUCUCUUUGUCACCCAGGCUGGAGUGCAAUGGCACGAUCUCGGCUCACUGCAGCCUCCAUCUCCUGGGUUCAAGCGAUUCUCCUGCCUUAGUUUCCGAAGUAGCUGGGAUUACAGGCGUGCGCCAUCACACCCAUAAAAAUUUUUGUAUUUUUAGUAGAGACGGGGUUUUACCAUGUUGGCCAGGCUGGUCUCAAAUCUCUGACCUCAGGUGAUUCACUCACCUCAGCCUCCCAAAGUGCUGGGAUUACAGGCGUGAGCCACCACACCUGGCCUGGAUAUUUUAUUUAGAUGGAAUUUUACAAUACCGUACAUGACCUUUUAGGUAUGGCUUCUUAAUGUUUUCAAGGUUUAUUCAUGUUGUAGCAUGUAUAAGUACUUCUUUCCUUUUUAUGGCUGGCUGAAUGAUACUCCAUUGUAUGGAUAUACACCUUUAUCCAUUCAUCCACUGAUGGCCUUUUGAUUAUUAUGGGAUAGUGCAACUAUGAACAUUUGUGCACAAGUAUUUAUUUGAAUGCCUAUUUUCAGUUCUCUUGGGUGUAUACCUAGGAGUGGAAUUGCUGGGUUAUAUGAUAGUUCUAUGUAUAACUUACUGAGGAACCACCGUACUCUUUUCCAAGUGUACCAUUUUACAUUCCUACCACACGUCUUUUUUUUUUUUUUUUUUUUUGUCGAGACGGAGUUUUUUGCUCUUAUUUCCCAGGCUGGAGUGCAAUGGCACAAUCUUGGCUCACCACAACCUCCGCCUCCUGGGUUCAAGCAAUUCUCCUGCCUCAGCCUCCCGAGUAGCUGGGACUACAGGCACACGCUACCACGCCCAGCUAAUUUUUGCUUUUUUAGUAGAGUCCGGGUUUCACCAUGUUGACCAGGAUGGUCUCGAUAUCUUGACCUUGUGAUCCACCCGCCUUGGCCUCCCAAAGUGCUGGGAUUAUAGGCAUGUAGCCACCGCGCCAGGCCUCACACGUCUUUUUAUAAAUAUUUCAGUGCUGGUCGAACCUCCCAUUUUAUGAAUGAGCGUGCUAAGGCCCAGAGAGGUUAAGUAACUUGCCCAAGGUCACACCCUUAGGGUCCAGACUAAAACCAAACUUUCCGAGUUGCUAGCCUUUCAAAUACUAAGAGCCUCCCAUGUCACCUUUAAAGACCUCGACUACUUCCCCGAGUUUUCAUUGAUUGAUUUGACAAACCUGCCUGGUGAACAACUGAGUUAGCUGUAUUUAUGAAGCUCUUUUUCCCUCAAUAUCUGUUGAAAGAACCCACCGCCACAUUCCUGAUUUCUAGGCCACACCUUGAAAACAUGCAGAGUUCGCAAUCCCUGCAUCUGCCUCCUGCUGCUGGCCUGUCAGGCCCUAUUCCGUUGCCAUGGAAACCAUGCACCUUAGUUUUGGCAGCAGACCAGCUGGACAGUGAACUGAGAACAUCCUUGUCUCCUAGGCUAAGCUGAGCUGUCAAGGUCAUAUAUUCAUUCACUAGAUUUGUAUUUAUUGAGCACCUACUAAGCACCAGGCUUUUGUUUUGCAAGAUGUUAGGGAUACAUCAGUGAACAAGCCAGACCACAGAUACUGCCCUCAAGGAACCCGUAGUCUAGAAAAGACAGACAAAAACCAAGGAAUAAAAAAGGCUUCACCCGGCUCCCCUCCCCAAUUCACAUUCUGCCAACCUUUCAGGCUGUGCUGAAAUCCACUCCCCUGGACCAUCCCCCACCAAAGAGCCCAGAUGCCGGUGAUAGCUCCUCUCAGCAUUUACAUUGCAUUUUUUGUGUUACCGCUUUUCCCUGAUUGUAAAUGUGAUAUGUGCAUUGUGGAAAAUGUAGGAAAUACACGAAAGCACAAAGAAGAAAAAUAAAGAUCCAUAAUUUCACCACCGAGA